AUGGUAUGGUGCGAUGCCGUUGCUGCCCCGCCAUGCAUCAGGGACAUGUACGGGUUCGCGGUGCAGCCACAGUACGUGGACGUCUACAAGGCCUACGUUCCCGUCUACCAUGACGAGGAGACAGAGCGGUCGGGUAGGUGGGACUCGUUCCUCGGCGCGCGCGACCUGCCGUUCCUUCCGCCCUCCCCUGCGCCGACCCCCGCGCCUGCAGCAGACGUCCCCUCUGGCGAAGGCGCGGAAGAGGGGGGCGGGGAGGGGAGGUUCCGCUCAGGGUUCAGGGAGGAGCUGUGGGCUGUUGAGCGCGUUCUGAGGGGCGCUGCUGCUGCAGGCGCGGGAAACGCAGGGAGUUCGGGAGAAGGGGGGAGGAGUGAAGGGGAUUUUGGAGGAGAGAGGGGAGGAGAGAGGAAAGGAGGAAGGGGAGGCGAGGUGAGAGGUGAGGAGGGAGGAGAGCGAGUAGGAGAGAGCAGCGGGGAGGGCAGCAGAGCGGGCAGAGGAGAGGCGGUAGGAGACGAGCGAGGAGGAGGUGUGGGAGAGGGAAGAGAAGGGGGAGGAGGCAAGGGAGUGGGAGGGAGCGUGGUGACUGAAGAGGCAUGGAGGGCGGAGCUGACUUCCCUAGUGAUGGGGGGCAUACCCAUGAACAUGCGGGGCGAGAUGUGGCAGAUCUUCGUGGGGGCCGGGGCGAGGAGGCAGGCAGGCGUGUAUGAGGCGCUGCUGAGGGAUGCGGGCAGGGAGGAGGAGCACAGGCCCAACAGCAGCCUGGCGGAGAUCACAGCGCGGAUCCAUGAGAGGGACGCCGAGGUCGCAUGCACCGUGCAGAUUGAAAAGGACCUGCCUCGCACCUUCCCCGGGCACCCUGCGCUGGACGCCAAGGGGCGGGACGCGCUGAGGCGGCUGUUGGUGGCGUACUCACGGCGCAACCGCGCUCUGGGGUACUGCCAGGGGAUGAACUUCCUCGCUGGCCUGUUGCUGCUGCUUAUGCCCGAGGAGAAUGCCUUCUGGACACUUACAGCAAUAGUGGACGAGUUGUUCCGAGGGUACUACUCUGACGAGAUGGUUGAAGCUCAGGUGGACCAGCUUGUGUUUGAGGACCUUGUGCGCCAGAACUUCCCCAGACUCGCGGAGCACAUGGACACAAUGGGGGUGCAGAUCUCAUGGAUCACGGGGCCCUGGUUCCUCUCUGUCGAUCUCAACGCCCUGCUUUCACACGCGCCCACCCACUCCACCCUCGCGCCCACCCUCCACACUCUCUCCCCACGCCCUUGCAGCGGAGCACAUGGACACAAUGGGGGUGCAGAUCUCAUGGAUCACGGGGCCCUGGUUCCUCUCUGUCUUCGUCAACGUGCUGCCCUGGGAGAGCGCGCAUCACAGCAUGCUCGCAUGCCCUUCUUUUUCCCCUCUGCUUCCCCCCUUCCCACCUCUGCUUCCCCUUGCCCCCUCUGCUUCCCUCCUGUCAUCUGCACUGCAGUGCUACGGCAUGCUCUUCCGCACAUGCCUCGCCCUCCUCGACAUGCACUCAUGCUCUUCCGCACGUGCCUUUCCCUCCUCGACAUGCACUGUACCCAUGCUGCUGCUGUCGAUGCAGGAGACGGGCGACAUGAUGUCAGCGCUGCAGUCCAUGGCCGCAUGUUGGCAUGGCAUCUAACCCCACCCCUCCCCCCGUUACCCUUUCCCUGCCCAGCCACGCUGCUGCUGUCCAUGCAGGAGACGGGGGACAUGAUGUCAGCGCUGCAGUCCAUGGCCGCAUCCACCUUUGACAGCACGCAGCUCGUGCUCUCCACGUGCCUCGUGCUCCCCGCGUGUGUGGGCUACAUGGACGUGAAUGAAGCCAUGCUGGAGGUACGUGCGUGUGCUGAUGGAUCUGCGCACCAAGCACCGCCCCACGAUAACGCAUCUGUGGACGAGAGGAGGGAGGUGCUCAAGUGCUGCCGCAGCACCCGCACUGCAGUGCCACUAAGAAAGAUCUUCCACAUCUCUUCCCCACCAGGCCUGCCCCCAGGACCUGCGCACGAAGCACCGCCCAACCAUAAUGCACCAGGUGGACGAGAGGCGAGAGUAGACGAGAGGCGAGAGGUGCUCAAGCGCUGUCGCAGCACCUGCACUGCCAAGAUCCACGCCGAGGCGCUGGCCGUUCUGCAGAGGCUUGCACCACACAGCACCGCGCUCGGCUCCCCUCUUGGCCCGUCGUCCUCCAAAGCCUCCCCGCUGUCCAUCCCUUCGUCGUUUGAUGACUCAGUGCUGCCCUCCCCCUCCCCUGCCGCUAGAAUGGGGAGAUUAAGAGCCUUUGGGGAUGAAGGGGAGAGGAGGAGGGAGGGGAGGGAGAAGAAGGGGAGGAAGGAGGGACGAACAGGAGGAAAAAGGGAAGGGAGAAGGGCAGGGGGAGGUGCAGGGGGGAGGGUAAACAGUGCUGGUACUGAGAGGGCUACUAACGAGAACGGAGAUGGUGACACUAGUGGGGGGGGAUUGGCGCCAGGAGACGUGUCCUCAUCCUCCUCUGCCUUCUCCUCCCCGUCCUUCACUCCCCCAGACUCCCCUCUUGCAAGCUUCAAGCUACCCAGUCGCCGUCCCCCACCCGUCUCCUUCCCCCCACACACUCUCCUGCAUCCCCUCCCUCCUCCCCUCCCUCUCACUCGCUCCUCCUCCCUCUCGCGCCUCUCCCCACCUGCUGCUCCCUCUUUCCUCAUCUGCCCUGUUCAACCGCUGCAGUUCCCCUCACACGCCCCUUCCCAUCCUAACGAAUCAACCGCAGCUAGUGCCGAAGCUGGCGCCGAACUGACAGCAGCUGGUUCGGCAGAGGCUUGGACUCAGCUGGCCCUCCCAGCCUCGGUGGUCGAGGCUCUGGAUUCAAUGCUGGGAGGAGGGGAGACGGAGGUGGGGAGAGAGGGGGGAGAGACAGGAGUGAAGGGAUCGCAGCAGAUGGUGAGAGGGACACUGAAAUGGACCCAUGGGGUAGUGCCAGGUGGCAGGAGCUCGUUGGCCCACCUCGCCCACAUGGUCAUGCUCAUGGAUCUGUCCCCCACCUUCUCGCCCCCCUCCUCCCCAUCCUCCCCCCCCACAUCCGACUUCUCCCCCCCGUCGCCCGGCUCUCCUUCAGUUUCUUUGGAAGGGGAUGGGUUGUUUCAGGACGAUGAGGGUACAGGGAAGGAGAAGGGGAGGAGGGGCGAGAGGAGUGGUGGGAAGGAGCAGGGAGAGACAGAACGGGAAGGCAAGAGGGACAAGGGAAGGGAGAAGAGGCGAGAGGAGGGAAGCAGAGGGAAGGAGAAGGGGAGAGCGAAGGAGGGAAGGGGUGGUGAUGCAAAAGGGGGUGGUGUUGUUGAUGGAUGGGUGUCAGAGUCGUUACAGUCACAUUUCCGACAAUCACAGUCACUUUCCGGACAUCAACCCAGUGCUGGGAGGGGCGCGGGUCAUAGCAGUAAAGGGGCGAGCAGUAAUGGGGAUGGCAGGGAGUGGAGAGCGGCGGGAGGGAGAGGCAGGGGCAUUCGACCACACAGCUUAAACGAGAGGCGAAGCCCUGGGCUGGGCAUGGGCGGGGGCAUGGGCAUGGGAGUGGGAGUGGGAGUGGGUGGUGGAGGGGAGGGGUAUCCCCCUCCUCACCACCAUACGGACAGGGCCGGUCUUGCUGCUCCGAUUCGGGAGUCCAGAAGUCAUGCUGCUGCUCACAGUGGCACUGGUUCUAGCGCUGGUUCUGGUAGCAGUUUUGUUGGUGGUGCUGGUGCUGGUGGUGGUGUUGGUGGUGGUUUUGGUGGUGGCAGUGGUGGUGGGGAGGCAAGGGUGCAUGGGAGGAUAGGCAGGACGAGCAGUGCGGAUGUGUGGAGAGUGGCAGAGAGGGGUGCUGGUGGGAGAGGAGGGGGUGGAGAGGAGCAGGAGGAACGAAGGGAUGGGGAGGGGUUGGGAGGCGUGGAGGGGGGGAAGGUGGGUGGGGAGAGCAGAGGAGGGCGGCACGUGCGGGUGGAAGUGGCGACAGAACUGCAAGCACAGGUGGCGUGGCUGAAGGAGCAGCUGGUGUUUGCACUGGAGGCGAGAGAUGAAGCCAUCCUCAGGGCGGAGGCAUUGCAAGCAGCCAUGGUGGAGAUGGGGCAGUCCACCACCAACCAGACGCUCGCUGCUAAGAUUGAUGAGUUGGAGAACGCACUGAUUGUGGCCCAAAGGCAGAUCGACACGCACAGGAGGGAGAUCGCCCAGCAGCAGCGAGCGAUGGAGGCACAGCAAGAAGCUUCAACUCGCUUGCUGUUAGAACAACAAGAAGAAGCAGCACGGGCGCUGGUGGAGGCGGUGAGGGGCAAGGAUGCGGAGAUGGAGAGGGAGGUGGGGGCGCUGCUGGGCGCGCUGAGGGGCAAGGAGGAGCGCAUGCGGGGGGAGAUUGAAGAGUUGCAGGACAAGAUGGAGGAGAGAGAUGCGGAGAUUGGGCGGCUUGCAAGGAGGUUGGAGCGGGCAGCCAAGGACAUGGAGGACAUUAUAGCGGCCAACGCACAGCAGGUGGAGACGCAGAAGAACGUCAUUGAGAUGCUCGCGGAGAGCAGCCGCGACGCUAGGCAGAAGCUGGCAGCCAUGGAAGAGAGGGCGCUGGCAGCAGAGAGGAUGGUGGAAACCUUCGUGGAAGCUUCCUCCCUGGAGGAGGUUCAAUCGAUGGUGGAUGACAUGCCAGCUGUCUCUCCUGGGUCUCUUGACACGUUUUAUCACAAUAACGCGGAUGUUCCUCACGAGCCCCCGAUUCCUUGUGCACUGAAUUUGUUCCGCCCCGAUUUGUUGCGCCUGAGGCACCAGGCUUUCGCCCUUGCGCGCAUCACCAGCCCGCAGUUCCCCAUCCCCUCGCAGUACGACGGCUUGGUGUACGGUGCUGACGUCAGCGAGCGGCAGCCCGUGCUGCUGGAGGCCUUCUUGGAUCUGACGUGUCCGUCCUGCCAGAGCGCGUGGCCCGUGUUGCGCCACGUGGCGAAGUUCUACGGGACGAAGCAGCUCCGAUUUGUCGUUCAUCUGUUUUCUAACGCUUUCCACCACAACUCCUACUUCGCCUCGCAGGCCACCAACGCCGUCGCAGCGAUCAACGGCUCGCUCGCAUUCGACUGGAUCGACGGCGUCUUUGACGCGCAGGACGACCUGUCGCUGAGCGCCACGUGGCAGAAGACGCCCGAGCAGGUCGCGGCGCAGCUGGCGCGGCUCGCGUCGGAGCGCCUCGGGAUUGACGAGGAGAGAUUCAAGGGGGCAUUUUUGGAUGCUGAGGUGGAAUGGCGCACUCGACUCGCGUUCAAGUAUGGGUGCUCGAGAGCAGUGGUGGGAACGCCAACCUUCCUGCUGAAUGGAGUGGCAGUGCCUAUAGCUGCAGCCGAGUGGACCAUCUACGAAUGGCGCGCCCUCCUCGACCCCCUCGUUGCCCCGUCUGUCCUGGAUUCGCACUCUCACUCCCCUCGAAAGCUGGCGCUCGAGUGA